GUGUGGUGGGGGUUACCCCAACCCUCUGAACAGUGCAACGGAGGUCAGCCUGCACCACACCUGGCCUUGGCAAUGGCAAUAAUGGGUUGUGUUCCUGCAGGCUGCAGGUGAGGGUUUUGUUGCUAACAAAGGCAGUUGAGCAUUAUUCUUCUGCAGCCCGCAGCUGGAGCCCUGCACGGCCACUGGGGAGGUGAGACGGGCUGGUGUGGUGGCCUCGUGGCAAUGGAGACCCACACCGAGUACAUCCUCGCAUAACGUCGCCUUCAGAGCCAAAACCUGCGAUGCGUUUUGCACUGUUCCGUGUCAAGAAGCCCUUCCGCAGCCUCGUGCAGCAGCAAUCUCGCUUUAGGCUCUGAGCAAGGUCCAUCCUCCCUCCUUCGAAGCUGCCCCGAUCCGCCCCAUCGCGGCUUCCCCGCCCGGCCCCGGAGCUCAGCGUUGCGGUUCCGCCCCGCUCCUCCCUUACGCGGGCGGUUCCUCUCCGCGGGGCGGUGCCUGAGCCGCCGUCGGCUGCCGGCGAGGAGCGGAGUUUCACAGGGCGGCGGGCACGGCGCAGCCCCGUGCCAUGUAGGAUGCUGCCGGUUCCCGCAGCGAAGCGGCAGCCGCCCCUGCUGUGGCCCGCCGAGCCCCCCUGGCCGUGGGCCGUGCCGGGGCUGCUGCGGGUCGGCGCUGCCCCACCGCCGCUGUUGCUGUCUGCGCCGGCCGUGGGCUGGCCCGUUCCCUGCGAGCCGCUGCUGCCGCUGCUCGCCGAGCAUCCCCCGCCGCUCCACGGGCAGUGGAUAUUUGGAGCUCAUUCUCCAGUCGUUGGAUUUUCACCGUCAUCCGGUGUGGAAUUUGUGCCUGUUUUUCCUCCUGUGUACACAUCUGCGGUUCCACCACACGCUGGGAAGAGCUGGAUAGAUAAAAGGCUGCCGAGCUGCAAAAUAUACCUAAAUAAUGCAUUUGCUCUGGAUUCGGUGUGGGUACAUCCUGAGGAAUCGUGUCUCUUCCAAGGAAAUGAGAAGCCUCUGCUAAUGACAAAUCAAGUGGCUUUGGCCAUCGCCAGGCCAGCUCCUGCCUCCAGGCCUCUUCCCACAGUGGUGCUGGCACCUCCGCUGAUGCCAGGUGGCUGCCGGCGCGGUCCCAGCCCAGUGGGCAGCCCCCCAAGCCUGGCGCUGCUGGCAGUGGAGGCUGAAGCCCCCCCAGGACCACCCCCAUCCAGGGUCCCACAGUGCCGCCUGCUCACCCUCUCACCCCUCAGGAUCCCGGUGCUGGGCUCCCCAUUCCCAGGUUCAGCCUCGAGAAUGGAUGCUCGCCUGAGUCCUUUGAUGCCAACACAAGUCACCAGGGUGACUGCUGUGGCCGCACCAGCUGUGACAAUCAUGACAACCAACUUGGUGGAGCAGGCACUGAAAGAUAAAGGCAGAGAACGCAGCAGGGCCUCCUGCCCCCCCGCCCUGAUCCUGCACACCGACAGGAGGAGCAACUCUGUGGAGAGGGAUGGCGACAAGGAUCAUUCUUUUAAACUAGUAAAUGAGGAUGACAGUACUUCAAAUGGCAACAAGCCGGUGGCAUCCACUCCAGUGCCAGGAUCUCCAUGGUGUGUAGUCUGGACUGGAGAUGACCGGGUCUUCUUCUUCAACCCUACAAUGCAGCUGUCGGUGUGGGAGAAGCCGGUGGACCUGAGGCACCGCGGCGACAUUAACAGGAUCCUCGAGGACCCUCCGCACAAGCGCAAGCUGGAUGCUGCAGCAACAGAUAAAAACGUUGGCUCUUGUCCAGGAGAUGAAAACGAUGACAUUAGCGUCAAAAUUAAGAGAAAUAAAACAGAAGAUUGCCAAGUUGCUGACCAGGGGAAGGCAGGCACGGAGGAGAGGAAUGAGAAACCAUCAGCAGCAGAGGUCACACCACCCCUCGAGGAGCGCAUCACUCAUUUCCGAGAUAUGCUUCUGGAGAGAGGGGUUUCAGCAUUUUCAACAUGGGAAAAAGAGUUGCACAAAAUAGUGUUUGACCCGCGAUACCUUCUACUAAAUUCAGAGGAACGUAAGCAGAUAUUUGAACAGUUUGUCAAGACCAGGAUAAGAGAAGAGUAUAAAGAAAAGAAGAACAAAUUGUUGUUAGCCAAAGAAGAAUUUAAAAAGCUCCUUGAAGAAUCCAAGCUAUCACCAAGAACGACAUUCAAAGAGUUUGCAGAGAAAUACGGCAGGGAUCAGCGGUUCCGCCUGGUUCAGAAGAAGAAGGACCAAGAGCAUUUUUUCAACCAGUUCAUACUUAUCCUUAAAAAGAGGGACAAAGAAAACAGGAUAAGGCUACGGAAAAUGAGAUAAAACUGCUUGGAGCUGGCAGUGAGUGCAGAAGCUAAAGCUGGGACUGCAGGAAGGACCCCGAGUGAAGGUGAAAGCAAAGGCUGACCUCACAGCAGCUGAAGGACAGAGUGCAAAUCCCUGAGAAAAACUUUCUCUGAAUGGCGUUUGUUGAACACACGGAGCAUUUGUGAAGGUUGUUCUGCAGGAAUCUGAAGGAUAUUUGUUCCCAAGGAAUUAAUGUUUCAUAUUGAAGCUCUCUUUUGUAGAACAUCCAGAGUUUGAUGCAUUUCUAAUUGCCGUGAUAUGUCAAUCCCUUAAUUGUUUUAAUUAUGCAAAUCACUUGUAAUACACACAAAUUAUGAAUCCGGUGCAGAUUUGUAAUUAAGCAGAAACAGAUGCCAUCCAUAACAAUCUCAAGAUAUUCUGAUCAUUUAGAGGAAUUACCUAUCGCAAUCUUUUGGCAACUUUCUGCAUUAGCACAAGUUGUUCGGAGGGGCAGCGGGAUUCAUUGCCGCGUUCACAUGUCUGUGUCCAGUUCUCUGAGUAGUACUAUUAAAUAUUAAUUGUUAAUCUUAGUGACGAGUGUGAAAACCCUGGCCAGUGUUCCAUAGGAAACUCUCCGUUCCAGAAAUAGCUUUCCUGAUGCCAUGAGUGGUGCUUUGGGCUGAUAGCAGCACUGCUCCGUCAGAGUUCCGUCAAGGCUUUCUUUUGUACAACCAUCGCAGUCUGAGUUACGUUCCUGUAUGUGGAAAGUCUGCAUGAGAUUUUUCUCAUCACCUUUGUAUAAAUUAAAUAUUUUACUUUUUUAAUUAAUAAAUAUUUUAAGUCGA